CUUUCACUACAUUUCUUAUUACGGUAAGAGAAGAUAUAAAUAAGAAAAGACAUGCUUCAACUCCAUUGAAAUAGUUCUGUUAUUAUAUAUGCAGUGUGCACUCUUUUGGAAUAAUUGCUUUGAAAAAACCUGGAACCUAGAUAGUUCUUUCAUAACCAAGUGAGACUUCUCUUCAAUUUUGCCAUUUGGUGAGUUGAAAUCUUCAGAUUCAGUGCUCUCUAGACUGAAGUGUUAGUGAAAAAUUGUGGCAAUUUAUUAGAAUUAAUGAUAUCAAAUAUUAGGUACAAUUAUAGAAGUGAAAAAAAUGGUACAUUGGUUUAUUUAGACAUUUGAACACACCGAAGGAUAGAUUUAUGGUAACCUAUGUAUGUUUUGGUUGCUUAAGUUGUAUCACACACAAGAUUCUAUUUGAUUUCUCUUGUCUAUUCACUUUUGAUAAGAUGUCAUGAAUCAAAUAUAUGGACUUCUAUAAGAAAAACAUAAAUGCAUCUAGGAAAUUAUAAAACAAAAAAAACAGAACUGAGUGAGAUUUUAUAGAGAAUUUGAUAGAAUCCAUGAAUUCAAGAAUCAAAGAAUUUGCUAGCAUAAAAAAAGAGGAACAACCAGUGAGUCUUGAGAGGCACUGCUCAAGAUCCCUGUUUGGCAUUCAUUAGAGGAGAACCCAAAUACACUCAAAUUCAUAUUUAUAUAUAUAUAUAUAUAUAGAGAGAGGGAGAGGGAGAGAGAGAUUUUGUUGCUAGAACAUUAGAAGAAAAGGAAAAAAAAGAGAAAAAAUAGUGUUAUAGUUCAUAUUUAGAUGAACUGAUCUCGUACUAGAACCUAUUCCAAUUUCAGUUGACAUCAAUAUCUGUUGUUGUUUUUCUUUUUCUUUUCCUUAAAGGAAAUUAGCUUUGUGUUUGGUCACAUUGGUGCAAUAUAUUCCUGAACAGGUGAAUAUAUGGGUUCAGAGAUUGAAAUUGUUGAUAGAAUUGUAUACAAAAACAAGAAUCAGCACCGACGAUGCUCAUAUUUUCAGUACCUUCUAAAGGUGAGGAGAGAUUUGAGGCUUCUGCAAUCAGCUCACAUAGAAGAGAUUGUUAGCUCCUCCUUUCAAGUUAUCCAUGGGACAAAACCUAAGCAAAAGGUGCAGCUUUUAGAAAGUGUUGCAGUGAUGACAAGAACUUACCCUGAGGACUCUGGGGAACGGAAGGAGCUCAUUCUUCUCCAAAACAUAGCAAGCUACAUGUUUCUUGCUUGUGGUGCCGUUUAUCUUAUCUCGGGUCAGGGGGGUACUCAUAUUUGUUGGAACCUUGGUGGUGGGCUGGGAUGAUAACUAGUAAGUAUCAUUAAUUUGUUAUGCUUGGCUUCAAAGCUCCUCGUUGUUGUUGUUUUGUAAUUUUUUUUUUCCCUGUAUUUUUUUGCUUUGUGCUAUUUUGAAUCUUUCAGUUAAAAGAUUGCAGUGUUAGGACAUAAAUUUAAUCUUUUGCUUUAAAAGAUACAUCAGAAUGUUCUCUUUUACAGCAUGAAAAAUAUUGUUCAUGCUUUAUAUUUGGCCUACCUACCAACCUGAAUCUUUGAAUUUGGGUGUUUAUAAUAUGGGUGGUCCUUUAUUGACAACUUGUGCAUCAAUAUUUGUUAAUCUUAGAUUUUUCUGGGCUGUCCACUAAAUUGUGUAUUUAUUUGUUGAUUUGUGUUUAGAAAAAAUUGAUUGGUGUGGAAGUUGAAAAUUUUCUCUCAAUUAUUGCUUUUUCACAACUGUGGUAACAAGUUUUGUUGAUUAUGUGUGCUCUCAUUUUCAUUUUAUUUUUGAACAGAGUGUUAGGAAUAUUAAUUAGUGUCAACAACAUAUAUAUACACAUAAUCCUCGUUUUAAUGAUGCAAUUGGGAGUUUCUAAACCCACCACACACCCACCAUGUUUAUCUCUACACCUAUAUUCACAAAUUUUU